AUGCAGGUGGUGAUUGAGCUGUUUGUUGGACUGCUGCUUUGUUUUUGGGCUGCGCUCACUGUGCCUGGGAAGUUCCAGUCCAUACAUCCUCACUCUGAGGAGAACAGGAUUGUCUCUUUACCUGCCAAUCUAGACUUCAUGAUCUUCAAACACCGAGGCAAGGUCUUUCCUGGGGAAAUGGAUGUGAAGCUGAAACAAUGA